AUGCCUCCCGCUACGCAGCAAGAGUCCCAGCCCUCGGGAGAGACAGGGCAAGGUGGAAGUCCCGGAGGCUGGAAAGAUCGUGAACCGCCGCCUCCUUAUGAUGGCCGGAAUCCCGACAAGACGUUCUCUAAGUGGCUCAAGGAGAUCAAGCUUUGGGAGUAUGAGACGGAGGUUCCGAAGAACAAGUGGGGCGCAAAACUUCUGAGGCAACUUAGCGGCACAGCCAGGGCAGCAGCUGAGGGCCUCACCUUCGAGGAGAUUGCGUGCGAGAAGGGCAUGGAAAACGUGAUGAAAGUGCUCAAAGAACACUUUGCCCCUCACUUGGAGACGAGCCUGCCUAAGGCAAUGGAAGCGGCGAUCUACGGAGAUGUGAGAAGUGCUCGGAAAGGUUUUGCUGAGUAUGUGAUCAGAAUGGAGCAUGCCUUUAAGGAGCUUGAGAGAGAGGGGGUCACGUUCCCACCGAUUGCUGCUGGGUAUGUCAUUUACCGCCACGCCAACUUGACUGAGGUGCAGGACAAUCAGAUGAUAACGUGGUGUGAAGGAAAAUAUGACAAGCCCACCAUCAUAAAGAACCUCCGGAAGCUCGAGAUGGUGGUCCACGAGAAGAAGUGGGGCAUCUUCUUUGGAGAAGAGGAUGAAGAGGGCCAGGCUCCGGACGGCGAGUUCGGGAACGAGGCCUUCCCCGUGGACGUUGAUGUGGAGUACGAGAGCGACGAGGACGACGAUUACGUGUACAUCAAUGCUGGCAAGGGUGCUGGUGGAGCGCCAGGCCGGGGGAAGGGCAGGCCUACCUUUGCUCCCCGAAGUCGAGAGAAAGUGCGCUUCAAUGGUGGCAAAGGCGGCAGUGCUUCGAAAGUACACAUUGACCAGCUGAAGCUCAGGACAAGGUGCGCCCGCUGCGGAUGCAUAGGUCACUGGGCAAAGGAGUGCCGUGGAGUUCCGGAUGCCCGCGGCCGCCAGCACUUGGAGAGCCAGAGGAGCUCGGCUGCCCCGACAACAUCCUCAACACGUUCGGGUUUCUUUGUGACCGGGCAAAGCCCAGGAGGUGCAGCCAGCUUCUUUGGAAAAGUGGUCGAAAACGGAGAGCAGCCCGAGCCUGAUGCAAGCUAUGUUCCGCUGUUUGACCAAGUCAUGAAUGCCGUGUGCAGGAGAAGGUCAUCGUCAAGGACAACGGAGAGCGACCAGGAUCGAGGCCAGAGUGCUGAGUCUUUCGUGGGUGCGGUCACCUCAUCUAAGCAAGGUGUGAUAGACACGGCAGCCCAAGACGGGCUCAUAGGCAAGCCGGCUAUGCUUCGUUUGGUUGACUCUCUAAGAGAACGUGGUCUUGGGAUUAGAUGGACGGGCAAGCGAGCGCAGGCCACCGGAGUCGGGGGCCGUGCCACGGUCAUCGGUGUCAUCGAGGCACCCAUGGGCAUUGCAGGGGUCAACGGGCUGGUGGAGAUGACGGUAGUUCAGGAGGACAUUCCCCUGCUACUUCCCAUAAAGCUUCUUCGACAGCUCAGGGCGAUUGUCGAUUUGGACGAGCAGAUGCUGGUGCUCAAGAAGUUCGGGACCAAGGCCAGUCUUUGUGACCUUCCGUCAGGGCAUAUUGCAGUGGAUGUCAUGGCGUUUGCACCGGAGGGUUGGAGCCUGCCGUGA